CUGACCUUGAGUGUCCCAACAGAUGGGGCACCCACCACCCCUCUGGGCAGCCUGUGCCAGUGCCUCACAGCCCUUAUUGGAGACAACUUUUUUCUUACAUCCAGUGCAAUCUCCCAUUUUAGUUUGAAACCAUUUCUCCUUGUCCUCUCACGUCAGACCCUGAUGAAUUCUGUCCCCUUCUUUUUAUAGCCAGCUUGUAUUGAUAGCAGCUGUUGCUGCAACCCAAUGCAACACCUUGCCCUUGGCUUUGUUGAGCCUCAUGAGGCUCCCCUGGGCGCACAGCUCCAGCUUUCUGCCCUUCUGCCAGGUGGUAUGGGAUCAAUGGGAGUUCCUUACCACAGAUAGCGGUCUGGGGCCGGAGUCCCCACAGCAUUGCAGCAGAGUGACACGCUCUGCCCCACUCUCCUCGCCUUGUCAUCAGGGCUCUUGAAAACAUAGGGUUUGCCUACAGGAGGAUGAAAGACAGCCUCAUUACUCUUAUUUUUGUUAGUUGCUCUUAAAGGUGCUGGGCUUCCCUGUCUCUAUAGUUCUACCUGAUCUCUUCAGCUGCACUUGGAGCGCCAGGUUCUUCCUGUUGGUCUCCGGUACAGUGAUGGCUGCGGUCGUGUAUUUGGCUUUCUUUAUUUUGAGGGUGUUGCUGCCAUCGGGACAGACCCCAGGAAUCCUAAACGUGCCCUUAUUGUCAGCUGUCGUCAACAGCUUGAGAUUGUUGGCUUGCAGGUAGACCCGGGCGUUGUCUGCAGGUGAACCAUCCUCCAAGGAGACCUUUCCAUGCAGGGUCACAUCCUCGCACAUGCAUGCAUCGCAGUCGGCGUUCACGCGGCCCAUGGGGCAGGUGAUGUUGCAGCCUGGGGUAAGGCAGGUAGGUAAGGAAGCAGCCUGAUGCCCUGCCACGCUCCUAGCAUGGCCUCACGCCUGCUUUCCAUUUAGAUGCAAUAGGGCAGAUACUGCAUAAGGAAUAGAUUGUAUCCAAAAUGUAUUUCCAGAGAUUAUCAGCAGCUGCGUAUUAAAAACGUGGGGCUGAUGGAGUGCUGAGCCUCGUAAUUAGUAGAAAGCACCCACAUGGAUGUAAUUACAGCUAGCAACUUUUCAUUACCAUCCCCAAAGGGCUGAAUUUCAGGGAAGCUUGAAUCCCAAUCUGCAUGUGAGCUGAACCCUGGCAAAAUCACAAAUCCAAAUGCCUUCAGCUUUGUAGAUUCCUGUUGCCAGCCCAUGCCCAAAUGCCACGGCAUUGGUUUGUCUUAAAAGCCGCCUCUCUUAGCAGCAUCCUGGCUUGCAUAGGACGUAGGCUAGGUCCUAAUAGCCUAACUGUUGAAUAAGCAUGAUCUGAUGAAUCCAACAAAUAGUCUCCCAAAGAGUGAUUCUGUGAUGUUUUCUUACCUAUAGCAGUUAAUCUUACAUGUCCCUGUUUCUUUCCAUUUACAAGGGCACUCCCUUUACAAUCACAGAGCCUCCGCCUACAGCAGCUGUGUGAUAAUCUAUUUAUUUGCAGCAAUAAAAAGAAGAACCCGGAGAAAACCCCAUAACAACUUUCCUGGAGAAAACACAGACUGUUUUUCGGAGUGAUUUGUUUAAAAGGGGAGUAUAACUGUAAUACAAUGAAUUACAACCUGCUGUAACAUCUUCCUGGGGCUGGCUGCAGGCAGCUCUCAGAACUUUGGCAAGGAGGAGAACUGAGGUAACGUGACUAUGAGGGGAGUAAAAAAACAUAACCAAGGUUAUGUGAGCACCUGAGCAGACGUGUCCGAUGCAGAGCCGCCCUUCCUCCAUGACUUCAUUGCAGUGCACGCCCCAGAGGCGAUCCGCCAGGCAGGAUCGGGUCCGCUUCUGCACACCAGUUUGGCCACACUGUCCUGAGCACUCGCUCCAUUUUGACCACGGAGACAAGAACUUUCUGGGAUCUUGCACCAGAACAGCUUGAAUGACAUCAUUGGGGUGUUAGUGAGACACACAUUCAACGCAGGGCUGCCCCAAAGCAAGCAGUUUCCAUACAGCUUCUACGUGGCUCGGGCAUGAGUUUGUAUUUGGAUAUUAUGCACCACAAACUCAAAAGCAUGUUGAGGGAGCUGGAAAACAAAGCAUGUGAAGGUGCCUCAAUGCUUCAAACAUCAUUGCCUGAAUUUGGGACAAUUAAGGGAGAGCGGGCUGGAAGCAGCCGAAGGGGUUUGCGGAGCCGCGCUUUCCCCGCGCCUCAGCACUGCCUGCAAAGCACACGGUCCCCACAGUCUGAGCGCGGAGAGCGCUUAUAUAGCGCGGCGUGAGGCUCCGGAAUGGCACCGCGCCACGGGCUGCAGCGGGUCGGGCGGGCGAGGAAAGCGCCGGCGGAAUAAAUCCCUCGGCGAGGUGAUGAUCAGGUCAAGGCAGGGGGGUGGCAGCUGAUUGAUGCUGGCAAAGGACUGUCAGGAUUCCAUGAACUGGAGCAUCAAGCCAAGAGCUGCUCUUUGGCAACAUCUGGAUAACCCACAGUGCCUUCUGGGAAUGGAUUUGCAAAUAGCAACCCCCAAAAAAGCAGCACCACGUCCUCCCCAGGAGGGAAAGAGGAUGCCAUGUCCAGUAUGAGACAAGAAUUUCCUUGGACGAACGGCUCCGGAGACAAUUCAGAGCUUGGAGGAGGAAAAGAAGAACCAGAAGAAAAAUGUCUGCAUUUGAGAGUCUGAAGGGUGCAAAGAGCUAAGUGAAAGGAAAAAUCAAGAUGUGGGGCUGCAUUCCUCUCCGCUUUGUCCAGAAGAGAAGGCUGCUGCCAUGAGUGGGCUCACACCCAGCUCCUGUGUGCUUUCAGUGCUUUUUUCUGCCCCAGGAACAGUCUCUCCUCACAGAUGUCCAUGCCAGAAAACCGAUGCGGUGCAUGCUGGCGCUGGUCCCUGAUGGGGCCACGUUUGGUCACAACAGCAACAGACAACAUCCUGAGCACUGGCCACUUCUUGCCAUCCAUCAGCUCCACUCCCACAGCCGGCUCAUUAGGACUAAAAGCGGAUCGCUCGUUAAGCCAGCAGGGCAGGGGUGCCCACCUCCAGGUUUGCUGCAGGGAAUGUUUGCGUCGGCGUUGCCUUCUCCAGAUGCCAGAGGCUGCAUACAUCUCUGCUAAUAGCAGCGAGCUGCCGGCUGUGCAGACGCACGGAUGCUCAGCACUGGAGCUGCCUGACUUGCUGCGGGGACGGGCAGCGUUUCUCUUCGCUUCAGGGCAUGUGUGUGCCAGCUGCUUUAAUUGAAGCUGAACCACCCCACCACCCCACCACGGAGGGGGUCACCAACACCUCGGCCGCUCGCUGCCCGCAGCACUGGGUCGAGCCCCGGUUCACGCAGGCUGCAAAGGUGCGCGUGGCCGUCACGGCCAUCUUCUUCUUGCUGGCAGCGUGCAGCAAUACAGCAGUGCUGGGCAGCCUGCUGAGGAAGAGGAAGAAGUGCCACGUGCGGCCACUAAUUCUCAGCCUGGCGCUGGCCGACCUGCUGGUGACGGUGGCAGUGAUGCCCUUGGAUGCAGCAUGGAAUGUGACGGUGCAGUGGUAUGGCGGAGACCUUUCCUGCAAGCUCCUCAACUUCCUCAAGCUCUUUGCCAUGUAUGCGGCUGCCCUGGUGCUGGUGGUCAUCAGCCUGGACCGGCAUGCUGCCGUCCUCCAGCCCUUUGCUCGUGCCCGACGCCGCAAUGGGCUGCUGUUGCGUGCUGCAUGGCUGGGCAGUGUGCUGCUAGCAUCACCCCAGCUAUUUCUCUUCCACCUGCACACGGUCCCAGGAGGGAACUUCACACAGUGCGUUACUCACGGCAGCUUCCGAGCACACUGGGAAGAAACUGUCUACAACAUGUUCACCUUCACCACCCUCUAUAUCACCCCCCUGAGCAUCAUGAUUGUUUGCUACGUCCGAAUCAUUUGGGAGAUCAGUAAGCAGCUAAAGAUCAACAAAAGUCUGGUAAGAAGUCAAAAUGACCACAUCUCCAAGGCACGCAUGAAGACUCUCAAGAUGACCAUUGUGAUUGUUGCCACCUUCAUCAUCUGCUGGACCCCGUACUACCUCCUGGGUUUGUGGUACUGGUUCCAGCCAGCCAUGAUCCAGAGGAUGCCUGAGUACAUCAACCACAGCUUCUUUCUCUUCGGCUUGCUGCACACAUGCACCGACCCCAUCAUUUAUGGGCUGUACACCCCCUCGUUUCGGGAGGACGUGCAGUCGUGUCUCAGGGGAAUUGAAGCAGCCAUUACCAGGCAUGAGAGACACAAACCCGUCUUAGUCUCAGAGAAGACCACCAAAGAUGGGGCUGUCAAUGGCCAGGUGGCAUCGGGUGGCUCCAAUGGGACAACCAUUAACACGGUGUGCUGAAGAGAUGUACCAGAUGGAGACUAGCAGCAUCAGGGGCUGCUUUGUCUGGAUGAUUUUGGAGACAAGUUCACCAACUGACUGUGGGGGGUGUGGGUCUAUAGCCAUAAACCAUGAACAUUUCUCCUGCCUGUACUGAGAGUGAAUCCUCAGGUAGGAGCUACUCUCACCCUGCACAAGGAAGAUGCAGUGGAGGGGCUGGGCCUCAUUUAUUAGAGACCAACAAGCCUGAGGUCUUGUCCAGUCUUCUCCUUGCUAUGGCAUCCAUAAAAGCAAUUUUGGGGUCAUUGCCUGACCCAUCUCCCCUCAGGCUGCCCCUGCAGGGAGGGAGGAGAUACUAUGGGGAUGGAGACAGACAAGAACAAUACAAAGAGCUGCAGUGGGCUGAGAUAGGAUUGAAAGGGACACAGUGGUGUCUCACCUCAUGCAAAGGUGGUGUGGAUACGUCCUUAUGUAGCAACAAUCUGGGACACAGGAUUGACCAGGAGUAAGUAUUUGGGGUAACCAAAGGGUGAGAACAAGACCUGCUGCUGCCUAGCCCCUCCCAACUGCCAUCUUGCACAUGCUAACAGAAUUAACCCACCUUUUCUCCUCCCUGCUUUCCCCUUUGUCACGCACUCAUGUCUGCUUUGCCCUACCACCCACACCUCACUGCUGACUCCAAUCAGAGUGCAUGCAGCCAGGUGCACUUGAUGACCCUGUGCAUCCUAAGGAGGACUGUGAUGGGAAACACCUGUGGGGGGAGGGCUCAUCAGCUGCUGUGGGUGCCAGCUGGGUGCUGAUGGCCUUUAAAUGCACAGCACAGAGCAGAGAAGCUGCUAGAAGAGUCAGGGUGGAGGAAGGAAGGAGUUGGCUGAGCUCUGGUGAGUAAAAUGGUUUAUUUUUAUUUUGUUUUUAUUUAUUUAUUGUCUUUUCAUUAACGUGCCAGAAGUUUAUGGAGGUCUUUGUCUUUAGGUGUAUGUUGAAGGUAUGAAUUUAUUCAGCUGUGUUGUAUGCAGUUAGGGGUAAUUGAUUGCUUCUCUGUGAGAUGCUCGUUGUUGUUAAAUGUUUGGUUUUUUUGUUUCUGAAGGCAGCUUUAGUUGGAGCUAAGAGGAGUUCUUUAGUGUUGCUGGUUGGCUGUUUUUUUGUUGUGUGAAGUCCUUGGGCAAAUGAGGUUCUGGAUUUGUCAGGAAACAGUUCUGAGUAUUUUUGUGACUACUGUAGCUUUGAAUGAGCACUUGAGUUUUAUCAGCAUGAAUGUAUUAAUAAGACUCUUGACUUGUGGCUGUAAAUGUGUGUGUGGGGAAGCUGAGAUCCUCCUGGAAAUCAAUUACUUUAUGAGAAGCCUGGAGUGAUGAAUCCCUGUUGGUAAGAAAGGAUCUGGACUGGUCUCCCAGUGCCCAGCCCACAAAAACCAAGUGGGGUUUAAACAAAAGGAGUGGUAAGUGGUGUUGGCUGGGCAGCUGUGGUGCUUUGGGUGAUAGCAGGCUGGG